AUGGAAUUGAUCCAGGGAACCAAGCUGUCCGACGUCCCGCUGGACAAACUCCCAGAGCACUGUGAUAAGGUGGCCCGCGCUAUCAAUGCAAUGUCUUUUGUCAAGACGGACAGACCUGGCCCGGCAGAUGGUGGUGAACCGCACGGCAAUAUUUGGGCUCCCGACUAUCGAGCGUACGAAAGCUUCAAAACCUCCCUUGACUUGGAGGCAUGGUUCAAUCGAGCACUGGUCAAGGAAGGUGCCCAAAUUCGCUUCCCACCCGAGUCGUUGGCCCUCCGUCACCUUGACUUAUCCCGAGACAACAUCCUCGUCGUCGAAGACGGAUCAUUGGCAAUUCUAGACUGGGCGAGUGCGGGAUUCUAUCCAUGGUCUAUCCAGAUCUGGAGCCUGAAUGCAGAGAUCCGGGACGGUCUCUUCACAAACGCCCUGCUGGCCAAAUUGCCAGAGCUCAGUGCCGACGAGAAAUCAAACGUGGAAUUGUUGCAAAGGGCAUACUUUUGGAAUUCCCUCAAUGGCCUGUAA